AUGGCCUCUGUGGAGACCAACUUCGCUGCAGCUCUGACAACCUGGAAAGAUGUCAACUUAACCGAGCUGCAGAAAACUCUCGAUAAACAGGGUGUUGAACUUGUGGACAAUCAGAAGGAGAGCAUCGUGGGCCGUAAAGCAUUGGCAGAAAAGACGAAAGAAUUCAAAAAGAUGCCAGAGGAAGAGAAACUGAAUGCAUUUAAAGGUCUCUUGAAAGCAUACCAGACAGAAAUUGAUAGUCUUACCAAACGGUCCAAGGCAUCCGACAACGCAUUUCUGCAUGUUUACAAGGUUCUUGCGGAGGCCCCCGACCCGUAUCCUCUCCUGGAGGCAGCUGUGGACCAGGCCGUCAAAGUUGCAGAGGCAAUGGAACACGAAUCGGAACUUCAAAGAUUAAGGGAAGAAAAUGUAGAGCUCAAGAAGAAAGUUAGUGAUUUUGCAAGUGUCGAGAACGCGAAAAAAAAGUUGGAAGCCAAAGUGGAGCAGCUGGACCAAAGGAUGGAUGCUCUUAUACAAGAAAAAGUUUCGCAGAAAGCAAAUGAACUAACUGCUACUUACGACGAGAAAAUUAUGAAUUAUGAAGAUAGGGAACAAGACUUACAACGACAGCUAUCCCUCACCAAAAAUCAACUUCGGGACUUGCGAGUUUCCAAUGAAAACAAUCAAGCUAAACUCUUUGACCAUAGUCAAAGGCAAGAUCAGGAAGUUGUUUCCAAACUUGCAGAAGUCGACAUGAUUAUUGCAGACCUGGAUCGUGCCAAUAGUCGCAUUGUAGCGUUGGAACAUCGCAAUGAAAUUCUUCGUGCUGAAAUUGAAACCACACGGAGUGGUACAGAAACCUCGGAAAGAGUCCAAACUUUGGAAUCACAAGUUGCUGACUUGGAGGCUGAAACCGAAACACUCUCACAAUCCAUUGAAACGCAGAAGUUAAGGGCAUUAGAAAUCGAAACAGCUGCGCAGAGAAAAAUUGAGGAACUCUCCAAAGAGGUUCAAAAGAAGACAACCGAAACAGAACAACUUAGGUCCAAACUAAAAAUGCUUGGCGACUAUGAUGAAAUCAAACGAGAGCUUGAAAUCAUGAAGUAUGUUGAAUUUUCUGGUUUCGAUGCUAAUGACGACGAUGGUACCUUGACGAACGGAAACGAUGAUGAUGACGUGUACCUCCCAAGCCCUGGUGCUCAAAAAACAAGUAGUAGAGUGGGAAAAUCUCUGGAAACUCUCCUCGCUACAAAAAACAAACGUCUUCAAGAAGAACUCACCAAGCUGCGGAUUCUUCACGGAGAACUCGAGGAUUCUCUAAGCACCGUCAAACAAGAAUUGGAGUCUGCAACGUUUGACUUGGAAAAACAGAGAGAAUUGAACGAGAAGCUGGAAAAUGACCUGCUUUCAAUUAAUAAACAAGGUGCAUCGACAGAUAUUGAGACAGAUGUUUUAGCGAGCUUGGACCUCAGCAAAAGGACGGAAACACCUGUUCGUGCAACGCCCAUACCCUUUACCCCUUCCGCGGAUACCUCGAUUCUACCUAUAGUAACAAGUCAACGAGAUCGUUUCCGUCAGCGGAAUGCUGAAUUGGAAGAGGAAUUAAGAAAACAAUUCCAGAUCAUCUCCGAACUGCGGAACGAAAUCAAGACGUUGCAAUCUGACAACUUAAAACUCUACGAAAAAGUCAGAUAUAUGCAAAGCUAUCGGGAAGACUCAGGCGCUCGUCCAGUCACACAACUUGAUCCGCUUCCAGCUCCUUCCAGUGCCAGAGGGGACGAUAUGAGUAAAUAUCAGGCGAGGUAUGAAGAGGCUAUGAAUCCGUUUGAAGCUUUCAGAGGAAGAGAAGCGACAAGAGCUUACCAGAAUCUCAACCCAGUUGAACGAGCGGUGCUCGUCUUGACUCGGUCGAUACUUGGGAAUCGCAGAGCCAGAGCUUUUUUCGUGUGUUAUGCACUGGCCCUACACGCUCUCGUGAUGUAUUCCACUUAUGAAUGCACCGCCUCACCUGGAGCGCAGUUGCAGUCACAGCCUAACCCUCAUAGACCAUAG